AUGCAUCUUGUGACCUUGUCGCAUGUUCUUGUCGUUGUGGUAUUCAUCGGCGGCGGAUUUGGAUUCAUGGGGUGGGUCAAGCAAAGGAUGCUGAACCCUCUCGUCAAUGUUGGUACUACCCUUGCGUCCUUGGCCAUCAUCGGUGUCGUCACCAAGGAGAAUCAUGUCAUGUCCAACGUCUUUUCCAACGAAAAGGUGCUGCAGGUCUUCAAGAUGCUGGUGAUGGGUAUCACAACCACAACCUUGGUCAAUGUGUUUCUCUGGCGAACUUCGGCCCGGACAUCACUCCGAGAAACCAUGAACCGGGUUUCGAUUCCGCUAGGAGAUAUGCUAUACAUGAUCACCAACAGCUUCGUCAGUGGGUCAGAAGAAGGCCUUGUGUCAGAUGGCUUUGUAGCCGCGUCUACACACUACGCGAAGUCCUAUGCGCAAAUGAUGAAGGAUAUGCGAGAAGCCAAGUUUGAGCACUACUUUCUUGGUCAUGAAGCUAUUUAUGAGCAUGAAAAGUCUGUUGCGCGAUCUAUGGAGACACUCUCGCAAGCUUUGGGAGGUUUGAGAAACGCGACCAAUACCCAGCUCGAGCAGCUACGACAUCCGAAGCUAAUUAACUCCAAUACCGAUGGGACAAGCACCACGAAUACAGCACGAGAGCUAUUUGAACAGUUCAACGAGUCUAUUGCGAUGUCUAUGUCAUCAGUGCGACAAAACCUCUGCAGAAUUUUACACGAACCUCAAUUUGGACAACCUCCCCACUACGAGAUCAACGUUGACGAGGAUCUACGACGCAAUUUGAUGGACUCACUUGACACCUUCGAUGAAGCUCGCUCAGAUGCUUUGCAAGGCCUUUACGAUCGGAUAGAACAGAUGGCUUCCUCGGAUUUUACGACACGUGCAAACCUUGAAGAAGUCGCUGCUGCAUGUGGGCACUUUACAUUCAGUGUGCAAUCAUUCGGAGAAGACGUACUGCAGUAUCUCGACGUUUUAGACGAUCUGCAGUAUGUUGUCCUGCACAAAAGUCGAGGUUGGAGGUGGCUUCUUUGGUGGAAGGGCAACGAACAAGAUCGCAACAAAGCUAUCAGAUUAUUCGAAUCAGCUGAAGCAGAUGUGUUGAUGCGCAAUCGACAACGAUCUGUCAGUACUCUCAGUGGAACGAAUAACUCAGCUGCUGUCCCCAUACUCGUAGAUGUCAGGACAUGGUACCAGGCACCUGAUUUGAACAAGAUCCUCGCUUGGGUCUGGAGAAAUAUCUCUGCGCUUUUUAAGAAGAUGGCGCGAGAUGAUAUCCAGUUCGGACUCAAAGUUGGCAUCGGCGCCGCUCUUUGGGCUAUGCUCGCGUUUCUAGAAGAGACCAGAGAAUUGUACAAAGAAUGGCGUGGUGAAUGGGGACUACUAUCUUUCAUCAUUGUCUGCAGUUUCACUGUUGGCGCUUCCAACACCGUUAGUCUGGCCAGAUUCAUCGGAACAUUGUUCGGAGCACUGUUGUCUAUCAUCAACUGGAAGAUCAGCCACGGGUAUGCCUUGGUUCUGAUACCUCUCGGGUGGUUGACGAGUUUCAUAAACUUCUAUCUGAUCAUUCAGCAUGGCAAGGCUUCAUUCGGGCGCAUCAGUCUCCUCGCCUACAAUGUCUCAACGCUAUACGCCUACAGAGUGAAGAGAAAGGCAGAUGGGAAUGACACAGCCGACGAUGGAGUUUUUGAUCAACCCGAUAUCAUGGAGAUUGCCAAGCGUCGCGCCAUUGCUGUCACGGCAGGCAUCAUAUGGGGUCUCGUCAUCUGUCGCGUCAUAUGGCCCAUCUCGGCCAGACGAAAGUUUAAAGAGAGUCUCUCAGUGCUUCAUCUACAGAUGGGUCUCAUCUGGAAGCGAGGUCCCCUCACUGUUCUUUUCCGUAGCGAAGGAUCACAAAGCUACCUCAAGUCUGGUGAACAAGCGGCUCUACAACGAUACGCAUCCGAUUUAGACAGCCUACGAGUCUCAGCCGCCUCAGAAUUUGAGCUACGAGGACCAUUCCCUAUGGAUGUCUACGGUCGCGUCCUCAAAGGCACGAUGCGUAUCCUUGAUGGUUUCUACAACAUGAGUCUUGUAGCGUGUCGAAAGGGACAUUUGACAGAAGGCGAAAAGGCCCUUCUAGAGUAUACGGCUCGUGAGCGCGCUAUUCUCUGUGAUCACAUCUGCCAAGCAUUUCAGGUCGUCGCUAGCUCUACUAUGCUAGAGUAUCCUUUCGCAGACGCGACUCCGAGUAUUGUGUCAGCACGCGAGAAUCUACUAAGCAAGAUCUUUGAGUUUAGAAAGAAUCAUCAAAGAAGGUUGGUCGAUGAUGAUACAAGUGAGAGUAGUGCUUCAAGCGAAGUUCUGGUUGAAGAAAGGGAUUAUGCGCUGCUGUACGCUUAUGCCCUUGUGACGGGACAGGUAGCUGAUGAAUUGAGGAUGGUGGGGAAGGAGAUUGGUAGUCUUUUUGGUGUUUUGGAUGAAGAUACGAGGCUUUUGCAAUAG